AUGAGCAAUCAUGAAGAUAUAAGCACCGUCGAUGAGGUUGAUAAAUUUUAUACAGAUAUUCGUUGGAACAACCAAUUCAAACAUAUGGGUACCUUACCUAAACAUCUACAGGAUGUUAUAAAUGAAAAGAGUUCUAUUUUGAUUGGUGAUGGUGAAGGUACUGUUUCUUCUGGUUUAAAAGUACAUGAUUCUGUUGUUGACCAAAUGGUCAAAGCAGACGAGAGGAAUAUAUCGAAUCAAGUUGCAAUGACUGCUGGAAAUGGGAAGAGUUCAUCUGUGAUGGGGAGAUAUAACGAAUUACUUCUACAAAGACCCGAAUGGCAUGCUCCUUGGAAACUGAUGAGAGUUAUUAAUGGUCAUAUGGGGUGGGUAAACUGUGUUGCUAGCGAGCCUGUUGAGAAUACAUGGUUUGCAACAGGUAGUACAGAUACUACAGUCAAAGUUUGGGACCUGGUUUCAGGCCAUUUAAAACUGACAUUAUCAGGUCAUGUUAUGCCUGUUCGUGAUAUAACAGUUUCUGAUAGACAUCCAUAUUUAUUUUCUGCAAGUGAAGAUAAACUAGUCAAAUGUUGGGAUCUUGAGAAAAAUAUGGCAAUCAGGGAUUACCAUGGACAUUUGUCAGGUGUAUAUAGUGUUGCUAUUCAUCCAACACUCGAUUUAAUUGCAACUGCAGGGAGAGAUAGUGUAGUAAGAUUAUGGGAUAUUCGUUCUAGAAUGGAGGUGAUGACAUUAAUAGGGCAUAAGGGUCCGAUAAAUAAGGUCAGAAGUCUACCAGUAGACCCACAGAUAAUUAGCUGUUCAACAGAUGCAACAGUGCAUUUAUGGGAUAUUGUGGCUGGUAAAUCGGCAAAAGUAUUGACACAUCAUAAACGAUCAGUAAGAGAUAUUGCUCUCAACCCUAGUGAAUUUUCACUUGCAUCUGCAUGUACUGAUGAUAUAAGGUCAUGGAGACUACCAGAAGGUUCAUUACUAACAAAUUUUGAAUCUGAAUCAUCUGGAAUUAUAAACUCUUUAAGUAUAAACCAGGAUGGCGUUUUAGCAGCCGGUUGUGAUAAUGGUACCUUAGCAUUUUACGAUUUUAAAUCAGGACAUAAAUACCAGUCCCUCGAAUCUCCUGCAGUAGCAGGAUCAUUAGAAAGUGAGAGAGGUAUCUUAUCAAGUACAUUUGACCAAAGUGGAUUAAGAUUGAUUACCGGUGGAGUAGAUAAAAGCAUUAAAAUCUGGAAGCAAGAUGAUUUGGCUACUGAAGUAUCAAAUCCUGGCCUUCCAUGGAACCCACUAUUAUCAUCUCAGAGAUUUUAA